AUGCAAGCCAGCGGAGAAGCCCAGCAGCAGUCCAAGCCCAGCAGCCUCCCGCCACAGCCACCUACAACUUCACCAUCCGCCCCGCCCACUCCAGCCCCGCUCGUCCGCAAGAAUAGCGCUGACGACCUGGUCGCCGAACUAGCGGCGUCGCCCCCUGUCCACACGCCGUCUGACGCGCGCCUAUUAUAUCGCGAGUGGCGCACUGGAUCGCACGUGGGUGCCGACCUUGCUCGCUUGGAAACUGGCGAACUCAGUAGCAGCCUCAGCAGUAACAACAGCAUGAGCAGCGAGGACGUGCUCAGCCGCUCGCCGUUUGGCGUCUACGGCCGCUCGCCCAAUGCGCUCCCACGCAUUUCCGAGCGCCUCGAAAAUCUACCUCUACGCGCCAAUGCGUCACCACCCGCUCCCGUUGCUGCGCAUGACGCGGACGCGCGCGCGCGUCUCCUUUCUCAGAAGAUUGCCGCCAUGGACGCGGCCCAACCUGGAGCUGCGGCGAUGGUAAAAUCCCAGUCCGGAUCUUACGGCUCUGUCGAGUCUAGCGAACCAAUUGCCGGUAUUAAGAAGGCGCAGAGUUAUCAGGCGCUGGCCGAGCUGGAGAAGAAAGGAUACUUCCCCGUAGCUCCCAAGCCGUCGGCACUGGGCGUACAACGAGGACUUAAGGACUCGGUGGUCAACGACAUGUGCCGCGCUGUUGUCAAACACAUGGUGGGUGACGUGUACGUGUCAGCGUCCGGCUCCUACGGCCAGCGCAAGGUACUGAACCACCUGUACGAGCCCGUGUUCGCCUCGGUUCAAGCUCACUUCCGUCGUCUGCCUGCAAGAUACGCGCUGUCGGUGAAUCCGGAUGACGUGCCCAUGCACAUGCGUUUGCUUGCGCAGAAUCAGCGCGACCCGACGGCUAUCGCUGUCAAUGCUCAGCUGAAAAAAGACGACAACGGAGAGAUCGUGCCUAAUGUAUGCGAAGUGGUGGUGGUGUCAUUGGACCGAGAAAACAUCCUGGAUGCCAUUACACGCGCGCUGACCACGAUGAAGGGCAAUAUUCUGGACGCUGACGUCAUGACGACGGCGGACGGCACUCUACUGGAUCGCUUUGUAGUCAAGGGAUCAUUUAUGAGCGAGGAACGACAGGAAGAGCUGCGAACGAACAUCGAACAGAAUCUCCUCAGACUUAGUAUGGACGAAGAGCCGCGUCCAAGCGCCACCAGCUCGCAGGGCUCAGGGUUCAACGAGAGCGUCAGUCUCGCGGAGAAACUGGGUGUGUUACAAAUGGUGGACAAGAACGAGAUCAAGGCGGAAUGGAAAUUGGAUCUCAACGAGGUGCGGCUGGAGAAGGCGGUGGGCAGCGGGCGGUCUGGAAGUACGUACAGUGCCUGGUGGCGAGGUACGCAUGUGGCCGCCAAGGUCGUCGACUCAUCCGCAAACACUCAGGCCGUCGGUGAGGAGUUGCUGAACGAAUUCCAUCGCGAGGUGGCAGUUGUCAGCAAACUACGCCAUCCGAACAUUGUCUUGUUCCUCGGAGCGGCCAUCAACCCGCCCCGUUACUGCUUAGUAUUUGAAUUUAUGGAGAAUGGCACGUUGACGGAUCUGAUCCGUGCACGUCGAGCGCCCAUUGAUUUCUUUCGUCUCGUAGCAGAGAUGGCGAUGGGAAUGAACUACCUUCACUUGUGCUCUAUUAUGCAUCGAGACCUCAAGUCUGGUAACGUCCUCAUCGAUUCGCACGGCACUGCCAAGAUUUCCGACUUUGGUCUUAGUUGUGUGCUCGAGAUCGGCAGCUCCUCCGACCUCACGGCUGAAACAGGAACGUACAGGUGGAUGGCACCCGAAGUCAUCCGUCACGAGCCCUACUCUAGCAAAGCAGACGUCUACAGCUUCGGCAUUGUGUUAUGGGAGCUGCUGGCAAGAGACCAGCCUUUCCGUGGUUUGACGCCAAUUCAAGCCGCUUUCGCUGUUGCUCGCCAGCAAAUGCGUCCUGCGCUGCCUCGCCAGACGCCACAGAAGAUUGGGGAGCUGAUUGAGCACUGCUGGCAUCACGACCCAGCUCGUCGUCCCGACUUUGGGGCCAUCCUGGAGGCUCUGCCGUUGGUGAAGAAGUCGCUGAAAAAACGCGACUUUAAGAAUAUGGGGAUACUGUAUGUUGCCCCAUAAAACGAUCUAGACGGAGCAAGUUCUCCUCGUAGUUUUUUUUAUCCCUCUAAUGGUAAACUAGAAAAGUAUUAGCUCGA